AAAAUUUCUUAUGUUUCAGAAAGUCAGAAAGAAAUGAAAAAAAAAAAUCAAUAUCAAUAGAGGAAUAAAUCUUGAUGUAUUAUGCAUGUAUAAAAUACAGGUGCCCCUAGUGAUGACGACUUACAUGAUGUGGACUUUAUUACUAUGCCUGUUUGUAUUUGUGAUUUCCGGGACCGAAUCUCAGUCGUUCACAGAGCGCCAACUGACCCCAGAAAGUGCCGUUUUGGUACAGUCUUUCCGGAAGUACCUGGCUGGUGUGGAAAGGAAGAGACGAGAUGAAUUAGAGAGGACUGGAAGAGCGACCUCCAACUCCACUAAGGACCCAAUCUGUAGUUUACUCUGCACGGAUAGAAAAGAUUGCGGCAAUAUCAUCCAAAAUUUCGGUCUUUACCUGGAUCCAAAAUCAGCACUACGGAUGUGUAAGACAGGACCUAAGAGUUCCCAUGGAAUUCUCAUCCAGAGUAAUUACGACACGUCCCCAUACUGCCAAUAUCUACAGUCUCACUUUAACAUCUGUGAAAACAAGACAGCGGUAAUGGAGAUCGGAUGCCAGUUUACUUGUGAAAAAUGCAAAGUUUGCGACGACGAUGAAUGCAAAUGCAGUAAAUAUUCUGAAGGAAACUACGUAGAUGGCCGUUAUGUUUGUAAAUGUAACAAAGGCUUCCGCGGAGAUGGGUUUACUUGUAUCAAUGUGAAUGAAUGCAAGGAGAAGACGGACGACUGUCAUAAGACACGAGCUAUCUGUACGGACCUGACACCGUUCUGGAAGUGUCACUGCAAGACGGGAUACAGCGGGGACGGUAAAACCUGUGAAGAUGUUAAUGAGUGCACGAAGAAGGCGUUUCCCCCCAACAAGGCCUGUGAUAAAUACGCCACCUGCAUUAACACGAUAGGGAGCUACUACUGUACUUGUAAAACAGGCUAUUCUGGAGACGGAUUCUUCUGUGAAGAUGAAGAUGAGUGCAAGUUAGAAAAAGACACCUGUGCUCGUGACUCCUCCAAGAAGAGAACAGCUUCAUGCACAAAUAACCAUGGCUCCUACACAUGUAAAUGUCAUGAAGGAUACAAGGACGUUGGGAAAACAAAAGACGGGAGGAAUUGUGUUGAUCGUAAUGAGUGUUUGGAGGGGAACCAUAACUGCCACGUGAAAAAUGCUAAAUGCAUAAACACCAUUGGUUCCUUCAGAUGUACGUGUAAUGCGGGAUACACAGGCGAUGGAGUAAGAUGUGUCUGGAACAAUCCAUGUCUCUCACUCGAUAAUAGAUGUCACAAGUAUGCCAGAUGUAUUCCUAAUUUCAAAGAAGACAAGUACAGAUGUGAAUGUUUGAAGGGCUUCAAGAGUAUUGGAUCACCAGCCGGUGAAAAUUGUGCAAAUAUUAAUGAGUGUACUCUGGGAACGCAUGGUUGUGACCGAAGCAAAACUCGAGCCACGUGUACAGAUACGGUAGGAAGUUACAAUUGUUCCUGCAAUAUCGGCUGGGAAGGAAAUGGAACGCCAAACUGUGCUGAUAUAAAUGAAUGCUAUCGUGGCACCCACAAUUGUGCUAAAAAAUUAGCCAUUUGUGUAAACACCCCAGGAUCCUUCCGAUGUACUUGUCCCAAAGGUUAUGCAUUGGCAGCGGACAAGAAAAGCUGUGUUGAUGUCAACGAGUGUCUCUUGGGUACACACAACUGCCAUGCGAAUGCCAAGUGCACAAAUACUGUGGGUUCAUACAUCUGUGAAUGCAAAAUCGGAUUCGAAGGUUCUGGACAAAUGUGUAGAGACAUAGACGAAUGUAGGCGGGGAACACACAACUGUGACGCGGAGGCUACAUGUUCCAACACCAUAGGCUCUUUUACGUGCAAAUGUAAUUUAGGAUUUGCAGGAAAUGGAGUAGAUUGCAAAGACAUCGAUGAGUGCAAACUACGUACAGACAACUGCAACGACACUUACACAACAUGUAAAAACACCAUCGGAUCUUUUCGCUGUCUGUGUAAUGCUGGGUUCGAACCACUCAACAAUGAUUGUAGAGACAUCAACGAAUGUUUAAGAAACACACAUCCCUGUUCUAAAUACGCCACCUGCACUAACAUCUGGGGAUCGUGCACCUGUCGAUGUAACAAGGGAUUCACAGGAGACGGGAUGAAUUGUACAGAUUUCAAUGAAUGCCUACAAGAAGCAGAUAAUAACUGUCCGAGACCUAAACCGGGAGUGUGUACUAACACCAUUGGAUCCUACAGGUGUUCUUGUAAGAAAGGAUAUGAGUACAAGGGAAAUAAAUGCAUAGAUAUCGAUGAAUGCGCUCUGGGAAUACACGCGUGCAGAGGACAUUCUCAUUGUGUCAACACUAUAGGAUCCUAUAAGUGUGUAUGUAAUACAGGAUUUGAACUGAGAGGCACAGAGUGUGUUGACAUUGAUGAAUGCAAAAGACGAACAGAUAAGUGUGACAAAAAAACAGGAUACGCCACUUGUACAAAUACAAUCGGAUCGUACACAUGUAAAUGCAACACAGGAUUUGAAGGAAAUGGAUUUGUAUGCAGAGAUAUCAAUGAGUGUGAGAGAGGGACAGACAAAUGCCACAGCCGAGCUGAUUGCACUAACACAAUUGGGUCCUACAAUUGUUCAUGUCGUACUGGUUUUGAAGGAAGCGGAUUUACAUGCACAGAUAUUAAUGAGUGUACAAGAGGGACGCACACAUGUGAUAAACGGAAUUCACCGAAACGGGCAAAUUGUACCAAUACAAUCGGAUCGUUCACGUGUAAAUGCAACACCGGAUUUGCUGGAAAUGGACAUACCUGUCGCGACAUCAACGAGUGUACAAGCAAUACGCACAAUUGUCAUCGUCCACAUGCCGAAUGUUCUAACACGAUUGGGAGCUUCACCUGCAAGUGUAAGAAAGGAUUCCGAGGAGACGGCUACAUAUGCAGAGACAUCGAUGAAUGCAAGGAAAACACACAUAACUGCCACAGACCCCAUGCCUGGUGUGACAACACGAUUGGUUCCUUUAGAUGUAGAUGUAAAACAGGCUACACAGGGGAUGGGUUCACGUGUACAGCCAUUAAAUCGUGUAAGGAGGGACGAGAUGACUGCAGUAAAUACGCUAAGUGCACGGAUCUGUCAGUAGGAGGGACUUAUUCGUGUGAUUGUUUCUUUGGUUUCUUUGGAAAUGGAAAAACGUGCACCGGUAGUCGAGGACGUCAAUUUCUUGUACUCUUCAUGAAGAACAUUGAUCCUCCAACAGAAACGAAACCUAAACCAAAGUUCGCAGAGAUUUAUAUCGCGUCCGUAGAUAAAUCAGAUGUCAAAGUUUCUUCCUCUGGCGCAUUGUCAUCAAAGAUAAAGGCAGAGAUAAAUCAGAGAUUGUCAAUGACACCGAAUUCGCAGAAAAUAUUAAGGAUAACACAUGAAAUUCGAGCCAAUGAUUUCAAAGUGGAGAACAAGGCUGUAAUGGUGGAAACAACUGGAGUGACGUCAGUGUUUGCACUGAAUCAUGACGGAUUCACCUCUGACAGUACCCUCAUCUUACCGAUAGACAGACUGGGUACCAAGUACAUUGUACCUUCUACAGAACCGCACAAUAGCCGUAUCUCAGAUUACAACAGCCAAAUUGCAUUUGCGGCUGCAAAAGACAGAACGCGUGUGACCGUGACACUGAAACUCAAAAGUGGACAAUCCAUUGAAUAUCAAGGCAAACGGUAUAGGGAUGGGGGCGAAAUUAUAGUCACUUUAAAUAAAUACCAGACCUUUGAAUUAGCACAUAAUGGGGAUCUGACGGGCACCAUGAUUUUUGCAAAUAAUCCUGUGGCUGUUUUCUCUGGAAAUCGAUGUAACAAACUCAAUCGUUAUGGUUACUGCAGUCAUCUGGUGGAGCAAAUUCCACCUGUAGAAAGCCUUGAUGAUGUAUAUGUUGUUCCUCCACAUGUUGAUAGAAGUGGCACCCAGAUACGGGUGGUGGCUGCUCAUGGUGGAUCCACAACUUUCUCGUACACAGUAGACAAAUCCAAAAGUACUAAGACUAUCGGCACAUACCAAAACUUUGAUAUCAAAGUAACAGGAAAACAGACAGUAGUGGUAGAAGCCAAGCAACAGGUGCUUGUUUUGAGUUUUGCUCUUGCCGCAUUCAGAUCCUCACACGGAGACCCUUACAUGACAAUGGUACCCGGAGUUAAUCAGUAUGUCCAUCAGUAUCACAUCGCCGUACCGCAAGGAUUUGAGCAGAACUAUUUGGUCAUGAUUGUCCAAAAAAGUUCCAGAUCCAGUUUGCUGUUGGAUAACGACAGUAUAAGUUCUGCAAAUGUCGCAUCAGAGAGUACUGUUAACGUGAAAGGCACGGAUUACGUCGUCUUAACAGUAAAAAAUGUGAAGUCGGGCGGUCACCGUGUGGAAACGAAGGACAAGUCCCGUUUCGGUCUGAUGGUUUAUGGUCAUAGUCACGACGAUGGAUACGGUUUUGCAGCUAACAUCCUUGGACAAGGGAAAAUUUAAAUUUUGAAAAUGUACAUCGGGUUAUUUGACUGUAAUUCCACUGGUUAUUAAAUUGCUAGGAAAUCAAUUUCAUGUCGAACAAUAAUAAAUCUGCAUGAAGAGUAA